ACUUACAAAUAAACCAGCUGCUUUAAAAUAGCCGAUGAAAAGCAUCUAAAGCUCUUUCUUAAAACGGACAAGCAUUUUGCUUCAUCUUCUCCCACGGUUUCCAUCACUGAAGUCAAGGAAGAAACUCCCCGAGCUCAGAGCACUCCCUUGGAUUUUUUUUUUUCUUCUUUCUCAGAGGUUAAACACAACCGCUAACCAAAAUGGGAUGCUUCGGGUUCCUCAAGUUUAUGAUGUUUGUUUUCAAUGGGAUUAUCUUUUUGGCCGGCGCAGUCCUCCUGGGUAUUGGCAUCUGGGUGAAGGUGGACAGCGGUUCCAUCCUGAGCUUCCUGGGGAAGAUUGAAAACGCUCCCACAGAGCUCAGCCAAGUGCUCAACGUGGGCUACCUGCUGAUUGCUGUCGGAAUACUUCUGGUCAUCAUUGGUUUCCUCGGCUGCUGCGGGGCCAUCAAAGAGUCCAAGUGCAUGCUGUUGAUGUUCUUCAUCAUCAUCCUGCUCGUCUUCCUAGUCGAGGUUGCAGGAGCUGUGGUGAUCUUGGUCUUUAGACCUUUGGCCGAAGAUGUAUUCCAAAGGUUCGGCACGGCGGCAGUAGCGAGCAUCAAGAAGGACUAUGGGACUGAUUCUGACGUGACUGGACUGUGGGAUACGACAAUGAGCACAUUAAAAUGUUGCGGGAUCUACAACUCCUCAGACUUCAUUGACUCCCCGUAUUAUGUGGAGAACAGCAAUCAGUACCCGCCUCCGUGCUGUCCACGUGCUGAGCCCUGUAAUCAAAUAGUGAUAAACUUUUCCACGGCAAUUCCAGGUUGCUUUGUGAAGUUCACGCAACUGAUUGAUGACAACACAGUCGUGAUUGUUGGCGUGGCGCUGGGAAUUGCAGCACUUGAGUUAUGUGCCAUGACUGUUUCCAUGAUCCUUUACUGCAAGAUCAAGUCAAGGUUAGCCUGACAACAAAAGUGGACUACUUCAGAAGGAUCGUUUUAAUCCCUUGGACAAGUUCGACGUACAUAUUGACUGAUGAAAGAAUACUGCUUAUAUGUGCACAGAAAUGUCUAAGCUGCUCAAUCAAAUGAUACAGGAUGACUAAUCUAGUUAGGAGAAAUAGGUGAUAUGACUAUAUGACUGAAUACGUUAUUUUUCAAUGUGAGAGCUUGUUUAACAGCCUUUGACACAAAUGAACAAGAAAUUAAGUGAUGAUUGAUAUUAUUGUGAUAAUGAAAUAGAAAUUCCAAUUUAUGUUCAAGAUUGAGGAUGUUACUUUGGUAUAUGGCAAUAAAGAUAUAAGUUUAGGA